AUGAGUACCAAUUUCACAAUAGAAUUAACGCCGCGCGAAGAUUUCGGUUCUUCAAAUAGUCGCAGAUUGCGACGCGAGGGAAUGGUGCCUGUCGUAAUUUACGGCGCCGACAAGAAAAACGCCCAUUAUGUGACUGAGCAUGAUUCAUUGGUGCACAUCCUUGAAGUCGAAGCAUUUCACUCUGCCAUCAUUGAUGUCAAGGAAAGCGGUAAGAAACAGGGAGCAAUUCUUCGAGAAGUUCAAAUGCACCCAUACAAAUCGCAAGUGAUGCAUGUAGACCUGCAACGUGUGAAAGCGACUGAGACGAUUUCGCUUCGGGUUCCGCUCCACUUCAUUGGCGAUGAUAUUGCACCUGGAGUGAAAACCACCGGAGGUAUAUUUUCUCGGCUCAUAGUAGAUGUUGAAAUCCAGUGUUUGCCGAAGAAUCUUCCGGAAUUUUUGGAGGUCGAUGUAAGUGAGCUUGAGUUGAACCAGGCGGUGCAUAUUUCAGACAUUGUUCUGCCAGAGGGCGUCGAAUUGACUACCGCCUAUCACGAUAGCGACGACUACGCGAUUGCUUCCGUCACGCCGUCCAAAAUCUCGGCAGAUUUUGAUCAAGAGGAAGCAGAAGCAGAAGCAGAAGAGCUGGAGCUCGCUACCGUUGCGCCACCGGAGGUCGAAUCAUCGGAUUGA